UUAAUACCGAUACUAAAUCAUUAUAUCAUGACACUUUCUGAAAUAUACCUAUAUAUGUAUAUAUGUAUGUAUGCUUAGUUUUUCAGCUUAUAAACGAUCAUUCAAGAUACUUUAUUCCAAAUUCUAUUUUUCUAAAUUAUCGCCCACUGUUUUCAAUUCUCUUUAGGAUACAAUGACUCUCUUUAAUCACCAGGGUAAAUAGAUUGAGGUUCUGAAAUUUUUACGCCAUAUUUAAAACGUAAACGACUUUGAAUAAGCUUUCAGUAAUCUUAAACAAUAUUAUAUACUAAUAUAUGCAGCUAGUAGCUCGACAAAAAGUGCAACAUUCAGAUCAAUAUGUGAUUUAUAAUAUAAAAGUUCAAUAACAUGUAUAUAAAAUAUCUAAAUAAUUUGAUUCAUUAUAAUAUAGCCUUUUAUUUUUCUCCCUUUGAUUUCUUUCUACUUUGUACAAGGAUAGUAUGGAAAUUCUAGGUUGACUGAUGGUAACGAAAAUUGGAACAAUGGAAUGUCUGCAUUUAUAUUUAUAUUUUCUUUAGAAUUUGCUGAAUAUUCCAGCGUAUGUAUUAUACACCUAUCUUACACUAUUAUGUCUUUUAGUACAACUUUGAGUAACGAAAACAGGGUCUAACCCAGCUUUGAAAAGAAUUUAUCUCUAAACAAUCAAAAAUUUCAAUAGAGCAGACUUUUUAUGAUCAUAUAUAUUAAUACUCCUCUUUCCAUAGUAUACAAUUAACCCUAGAAUCGUAUAGGUUGCCUGCUUGCAUAUUGGUCGAGAAGUUGAGAUAAAGAUCAAAAAAUAGAUAGAAAACAUAUUACGAAGAUGACUUUGAAGUCGAUCAGAACGUAUGAAGAUGUUAUGCAUAUGAUUGGAGGGUUCGGCCUCUAUCAGAGAAUCUGUUUCGUCUUCAUACAGAUGGCCGAUUUAUUUGGCGCGUUUAUCAUCUUCUCUCCGAUUCUCAUAGCUGCUGUCCCUGCAAAUUUGGAUUGCUCUCCGUCAAACCAAACAAAUGGAACGAAUUCUUCUCAGCAAUUUGAUGAGAAAACAUCAACUAUCGUUGCUACAUGGCAACUUGUUUGCGACAAGGCUUGGGUACCAGAUACAAUCAAUACAAUACAAAUGAUAGGUUUCUUCCUUGGAGCCGCAAUUUUUGGGCAAUUGAGUGAUGCAACAGGAAGGAGACAUACAUAUUUCUUUGGAAAUUUAGUGCUAGUACUACCAUGUCUUGUUUCUGCUUUCGUUCCAAACUGGUAUUACUAUGCCGCUUGUCGUUUAUUUAGUGGUAUCGGAUUCGGAGGUCUACAAGUAAUAAGCUCUGUAUAUCCUUUAGAAAUUGUAUCGAAGAAGUACAGAAGUUUAGCUGGGACAUUUGGGUUUUGGGCUAUUGGACAAAUGCUUUUAGCACCAAUGGCCUAUUAUUUUAGAAAAUGGCAAACUCUUCUUAUAGUUUCCUGUUCAACAAGCAUUCCGUUCUUUCUUGGAUGGUUCUUUGUACCAGAGAGUCCAAGAUGGUUACUGCAAAAAGAAAGAUAUCACGAAGCUCACAAAAUUCUGCAGAAAAUUGCUAGGAGAAAUGGGCGAACUUGUCCCGACUUGGGAACGCUCAAAAGAAUUACUGUAAGAGAUGAUAAGCGUGUUUCCUGCAUGAAACUAUGGGUCAGAGAACAUUUUAAGAAAACAGCAGUCUUAGGGUUGAGUUGGUAUACCGUCUACUGCACAUAUUACGUAAUAUCUUUUAACUUUCCACAUGACCUUAUAAAUAACAAAUAUCUGAGUAUACUAAUAAUUGGAGCUGUUGAUUGGCCUGCAAUGUUAUCCGUAAUUGCCGCAAACUGCUUGACUGGAAGAAAAAAAUCGCUUUUCAUCUACAUUAUAAUAGCUGCCAUUGGGGUUUUGACAAUUCUAAUAAUUGGUAUUUUGAAAAUGCGAAAUGAUUUGAAAGUUCUUCUCUUUAUUGGGGGACUAAUGGCUAAGGGUUGUAUGGUUGCGAACAUGUAUGUUCUUAGAAUUUAUACUGCAGAAACUUAUCCAACAAUCGUUAGGUCAUCGGCCGUUGGCCUUGGGAGUAUGUUUGGGUGUAAGGGGAGUAUUUCAGCUCCUCUUCUUUUACUUACGUUCCAUAAAUUCCCUCUCGGACCUUUCUUGGUUAUUUUUAUACUAUUUGUGUUGACGUUAAUAUUAGUGUUCCUAUGCCUAUCUGAAACAAAAGGUUUGCACCUCAGCGAUUCUUUCAAAGACCAACAGAUGGCGUUGAAAAGCAACUAUAGUAAAGAUGUUGAAGACGAAAAGAGUUACGAGCAAGGGGAAUUGGUGUCUAACGGCGAAAAAGAGCAAAUUACAUUUUAUUAAACAGCUAAAUUGUCAGGUUUAAGCUUAACACGUAUUAGCUAACAAAAAGACUGUAAUAUUUAGAUAUAAAUUUUGUUUUUUUGCGCAUAACGUCCGAGUAUGGAGACCAUAAAUAUUCCACAUAAUUUGAACAUAAAUAUCCAUUUAUUAUGUUCAAUUUAUUGAUAGUUUAGAGUGAGUAUAUUAUUGACUUGCCUUGUUUUCUAUUGUUUCUCUUUUGCUUGUACACGCACAUACAAAUAUAUAUAUGUAUUACACAUGGUUAUAGAUGAUAAAAUAGAAACAAUUAGCAUCAUUUUUAACACUGCUACCGUUUUUUGACAAGACUGUUUUCUACAUUGUUUAAAUAGCAAAGGUAUUUCCUGAUUUAUAUCUAAAAAAAAUCCGUAUUUUUUUCUAAUAUGUGUCAUAUUUUUACAUUUUAACUUUUGUUAAUUUUUACUGCUUUACGUAUACUGCAAAACUAAAAUUUUCACGAAUAUAUGUAUUGUGAUAUUAUAUACUAUAUUGAGCAAUAAAAUAGGGUAUAAAAUGACAAAAUGCAUACAUCUUACGGUGGAAAAAGAUCUGAUAUCAUCUACUAUAAUAAAGUUAGGUCAGAAUGAUGAAAAGAGAGGAAGAGAAUUAGCCGAAUCCAAGUAAAGAGGAAAAAGCACGAUAAUAAAAAGGCGGUGGCUAUAAACGUUCUUAAAUCGUCUAAUCAAUAAUAAUAUCCACUCGAAUGCCUUCUUCAACAAAAUAGCCAAAGAACGUCAAGGCGUUUUGGAUCGUGAUUGACAAACCAAGGUACGCCCCCUGGUGAGAAGCGCGGAUGUCAACCGCGUUUCAUUCGCUCUCCUCCAGAGAGAAGGCCAAUGGAUAAAGAUUUGAAGAGAAAAUACUUGAAAAUUUUCUUUCUAUUCUCAUCUAUAUCAACAUUGGCAAUAUUCUUCUUAUGUUCCGGUAUAAGACCUUCAGUUUGUAGAAUAACUUUACCGCAAGUUCAAAAUAAUAGGAUACACUAUAAGCAUGCCAAAAGGAGACUUCCUAAAGCUAUAAUAAUAGGAGUCAGAAAAGGAGGAAGCCGAGCACUCUUGGAAUUCCUUGAUAUUCAUCCAAAGAUUAGGAUAUGUCAUCGUGAAAUGCACUUUUUUAAUAAUGACGACGCAUACGCUGAAGGAUUGGAAUGGUAUAGGAGGAAGAUGCCCUACUCCUUUGCAGAUCAAAUCACCAUCGAAAAAACACCCGCCUAUUUUACCUCGAUCGACGCCGCCCAGCGAAUUCACUCGAUGAAUUCUUCCAUUAAACUAAUACUGGUGGCGCGUAACCCUACUGAUCGGGCGAUCAGUGACUAUGAACAAAUCCAACAAAACCGCUUAAGCAGGAACAAACAACGGCAAACUUUCGACGAGUUGGCAUUUAAUGCAGACGGCGGAGUACAGGAAGACUAUUCGGCCAUAGAAAGAGGCAUUUAUCACAAGCACUUAUCCGUCUGGCUAAACUAUUUCUCACUCGAUCAAAUUCUAGUACUAUCAUCGGAACUACUAAUAACUGAUCCGGUCUUGGUUCUACGGAAAGUUCAACUGUUUCUGGGACUACAACCUUACAUUCGACAAAGUCAUUUCGUUUAUAAUCCGUCGAAAGGAUUUUUCUGCAAAGCCGAUUCAGUGGGCCGUCAAUGUUUGUCAAAGAGCAAAGGUCGAACUCAUCCUAAGCUUUCCCCUAGUACAAGACGAAAAUUAGAAGAAUUCUAUAUACCGCACAGUCAGCAUUUUUAUAAAAUGGUCGGCAGGAAUUUUGCAUGGUUUCCAAAUGACAGUAUUAACCUCACAUGAAAAAAAAAACCAACAUAAAUACAGCAUUUUCCUUUCUUUAUCACUUUAUGGGUUAUGGUGCCAUCUAGUGUCAACACCAUAGAGACAUUGAAAGGAAUCGAAUGAGUGAACAAGUGAAAGACAAAAAAAUUACGAAAUUGUAAACAAAAUAUCAAUAAAGAAACUAACAAAACAGCUUAAUUACAACUAUAGUAAUAUAAUAAAGAUUUUAUUUAUUUAAUAUU